AUGUUGGCAGUUUUUGAGAAAUCAGUUUCCAAGCCAGCCAAAGAGCUGAGCCUUCCAGUUGGUGGGGGGAACAGAUCGGAAGAAAUCAUAGAAGUCUUCCGGUCAUGGAGAUCCGACGGCACCUUUUACCACCUCUCCAGCGGCAACUUCCUCGCUUUGUCCCAUCAAGGUGAAAAUCCAGCAAUUCCAAGGUCUGUUGUAGUGAUAGAUGAUAUCUUCUGCAUAUUCUCGGGGGCAUUGCACAACACUUGUGAGAUGAGACGACACUACGGGCUGUCAAGGCAGGCCACGGAAGCCAUGAUCAUAGUCGAGGCCUACAAAGUUCUACGUGAUCGUGCACCCUACCCUCCCGACCAAGUCGUCAAGGACCUCCAAGGAAAAUUUGCUUUCAUACUCUUCGACUCCAAAGCCCCAACCCUUUUUCUAGCAAGGGAUCGUGAUGGCGGCGUCCAACUAUACUGGGGAACAGCCGGAGACGGCUCUCUGGUGUGCAGCGACGAUCCAAAUGUCAUAUCCGCGGCUUGUGACAAACACUACACACCCUUUCCUCCCGGGUGCAUAUUCAUAAAUAGGAGAGGUCUGAUGAGUUUUGAUCACCCUCUGAAUAAGGUGAGAGGGUUUAUGAAAGAGGAUGAUGGCAGAGUAAUAUUCAAAGUGGAUCCAUACACUAGAAUUCCCACCAUCCCUCGCACCGGCAGCGCCGUCAAUUUGGCCAACGCCGUCUAG